AUGGGCGAUGAUUUCAUCGCAACGAGCAUCAAGUACUACAUACUGCGUGCGAAGAGUAGAUCCAGCAAGACCUCAGCAGCCACUGCCGUCGUAGGGGCGGUGCAGAAGUCGGGCGGCGGAUAUGCAGUGAACGGUACGGCCUCGAAGCCGAGUUCGGGCACAUCACCUGACAAAGCUGCAGUUUCGAACGACGGGGCCGACCGCUUCGCCGUGAACCAAAAAGAGGUCCUCGAGCUGUGCAAGAGGCGAUUCUUCUACAGACCGGGGUCUGACAUCUACGGUGGAGUUGCGGGCUUCUUUACGUACGGACCGCCUGGGUGUGCAGUGAAGAACAAUCUCAUUCAUGCGUGGAGGCAAUUCUUCGUAAUUUCCGAGCAUCUUCUCGAAAUCGAGGACACAUGCAUCAUGCAGCAUUCCGUCCUCAAGGCGUCCGGGCACGUGGAUCGGUUCAACGACUUCAUGGUCAAAGAUGUGUCCGAUGAGUCCAAGUUUUUCAGAGCCGACAAGUUGCUCGAGGACGUCAUGGACGAAAAGCUGAAGGCCGCCGACUUGACGGAAGCUCAGCGCGUUGAGUACACCUCGGUGCGAAACCAGGCCGAUGCGUACUCCCAGCAGGAGCUGCACCAGAUCUUUCAGAAGUAUCAGAUCAAGUCGCCUGAGACUGGCAAUGAUUUGAGCGAGCCCUACGAGUUCAACCUGAUGUUUCCGACUCCUAUUGGCCCAGGAGGCUACCUGCAGGGCUACCUCAGGCCGGAAACUGCGCAGGGCAUCUUCUUGAACUACAAGUUCUGCUUAGAGCAGAACUCAAACCGGCUCCCGUUUGGAGUGGCGCAGGUGGGGCGGUCUUUCCGCAACGAAAUCGCGCCUCGGGCAGGGCUGACAAGACAAAGGGAGUUCACUCAAGCGGAGAUCGAGUACUUCGUGAAUCCCAAAAACAAGGCACAUCCCAAGUUCAAGAUGGUCAAGGACACCGUCCUGACCCUCUUCCACUCAGAUGCGCAACUCUCAGCGCAGGAGCCUGUCAAAAUGGCGGCGGGCGAGGCUGUCAGCCGUGGCCUUAUCAACAACGAGACCCUCGCCUUCUUCAUUGUGAGGACAUAUCAGUUUCUCCUGCACAUCGGUCUGGAUCAGGCCUUUGUUCGAUUCCGGCAGCACUUGCCAACAGAGAUGGCGCACUAUGCUUGCGACUGCUGGGACGCGGAAAUCUUCGGUUCGUAUGGGUGGCUGGAGUGUGUCGGCAUUGCCGACAGGUCUGCGUUUGACCUAAACGCUCAUGCCCGCGCCGCAAAAUGUGACUUGCAGUACAAGGAAUCGCUGGAGAAGCCAAUUGAGAGGGAGGUCCUGGCACUCACGAAGAAAUCUGGCGUGGACAUCAUGAAGGCCUUCAAGAAGGAUGGACGCGCAGUGAAGGAGUUUAUAGAGAAACUCCCACAAGAGGAGAUUGAAUGCAUAGCAAAGCAGCUGGAGGGUGGAAAAGCAGACGUGCAGGUGGAGGGUUCAUCAUUCACAUUGACCAAAGAGCUGGCGGUGUUUGAGCGUAAGAUGGAGAAGCAGACGGUCAAUGCUUUCACACCUGGGGUUAUCGAACCUUCAUUUGGCAUUGACCGCAUCUUUGCUUCUCUGCUCGAGCACGUCUACUACGCCCGUCCGAAGGAGGAGGCAGGAGACGACAAGGACAAGCAGACCCGCGGUGUUUUGGCUUUCGCUCCAUCCUCCGCACCAUACAAGUGUGUUAUUCUACCGCUGGACCAGCGGAUUGCCCGUGAUGAGCGCUAUCUGAACAUGAUGGAUGCAUUUCAGCUAGAGCUCGUUGAGCUGGGCUUGUCGUUCACUCUUGAUGAGAGCAAUGCCACCAUCGGAAAGAGGUACUCUCGGAACGAUGAGCUCGGAAUUCCAUAUGCUGUCACUUUUGAUUUCGACACCUUGGAGAAAGAUCUGGAAGAUCUGGCGAGUACCAAGAUUGAACUGCUGAAGCAGUUCUUCCAGGCAGAGCCACCAAAGGCCAAAGGCGAAGAUUUGCUGGAACUCUGGGAGCAAAUCUACGACGAGACGGCCAGAAGUACGGUGGUUGAAACAGCGGCUGGGCCAUCGGACGACAGCAAUGCAGCUCUCCCCUAUGAGAAGCUCUAUGCUAUUGUGGGCGACGGCGGCCAUUGGAAGUGGCCGCGCAUUUGGAGGCGAUUUGAUGAGCUCGAACGACGAGGAGCCGCCUACCGAGAAGGAGAGCCUACGAACUUCGGCCUGCCGAAUCCAAACCCCGACAUAGAGCCGCAGACGGUCCUCGUUGUGGGUGGUGGCCCAGUUGGACUGCGACUGGCCAUCGAGCUGAAGCUGGGAGGUCACCAGGUAACCGUCUUCGAAAAGCGGCGCGAGGUGCGGGACGAAAGCGGGCAGUUGCAGCAACUUGGGUUCACCAAUCGAAUCAACCGGCCGCAUGUCUUCAACUUCCUGCGAAACGACCUCUGA